GGUCCGUUGACGAGUCUUUUACUGUUCAUCAGUUUGGGACGCUGUGAGGAGGGUCCAAAAAGGUGUGUGGCGAAAACGGACGAUCCCAAGCACAAUUUCUCUCUCUCUCUCUCUCUCUCUCUAGAAAACCUCAUCAUUUUCUCUCUCUAUGUAUAUAUUCUAUAUUUCUGUAUCAGCUGAAUCACUAAAAUAAGGAGAGUAGAGAAAACAACUAUUCUCUCUUCUGGUUUUCCUGUGAUCCUCGAGCUAUGUUAUUUUCGUCUUUGAUCUAUGGAUAAAGACUAAUCUGGACUAGAAUCGGGGGCGGAAAAUUAUCUUCUUUUUUUUCGGUCCGACCAUGGCUGUAGUUGAGAAUGCUGGGAUCAACGGCGUCCCGUCAAAUCGGACUGACUCACACGCGCCGACUGACGCUGAUCAAUCCAAGUCAAAUCACAGCAACGGCAACCCUAUUUCGAGGUCAAACGAUCAGAGUUUCCACGUGAUCGUUCACCAGCAGCCGCCGAUGACGACCACUGCUCAGGCUAACGGGACUGUUAAUCAUAACGGCGGAUACGUGGUACAGGAUAAUCAUCAGAUGGUCAGAAAUGGAGUUGAUGAGGAGCGCGAGAUGAGGGAUUUGGAGGAAAUGUUGUCCAAGUUGAACCCUAUGGCUGAAGAAUUUGUUCCGCCGUCACUUGCGAGCCACAGACUAGUGCCGCUGUCUCCCGGCCACUUUGGUUAUACUAACGGUUUUGACAGUUUUGUGAUACAAAAUAAUCCUGGCAUUGCCAACGGAAAUAUUGCUAGACGGAAGGGUAAUUAUAGUAAUGGGAAGAAGAGGAUGAAUAGCCGUACCAGUCUGGCACAGCAGGAGGAGGUAAUUAGAAGGACUGUGUAUGUAUCUGACAUCGAUCAUCAGGUUACCGAAGAACAACUUGCAGCACUCUUUGUCCAUUGUGGGCAGGUGGUUGACUGUCGCGUAUGUGGUGAUCCUAAUUCUGUUCUCCGUUUUGCUUUUAUUGAGUUUACUGAUGAGGAAGGUGCAAGGAAUGCUUUGAGUCUGGCGGGGACUAUGCUUGGAUAUUACCCAGUCCGGGUGCUGCCUUCAAAGACUGCAAUUGCACCAGUCAAUCCAACGUUUUUGCCACGGUCUGAAGAUGAACGAGAGAUGUGUGCAAGGACAAUCUAUUGCACAAACAUUGAUAAGAAGGUUACUCAAGCAGAUGUCAAACUCUUUUUUGAAUCCAUCUGUGGAGAGGUUCAGCGCUUGAGGUUGCUUGGAGACUAUCAUCAUUCAACUCGUAUUGCUUUUGUUGAGUUUGUAAUGGCUGAGAGUGCAAUUGCUGCUCUGAACUGUAGUGGUGUGGUUUUGGGAUCACUGCCAAUAAGGGUAAGCCCAUCAAAGACACCUGUUCGGCCCCGUGCUCCUCGCUCACCGAUGCACUGAGUUUAUUUCUUCUAAUCUGAUCUGCUGAUUAGUACAUCUACUUAUACAUAUAUAUAGAUACGCAGAGACGCAAGGUCCAAUCUUGUGUCGUUUGAGUUAUGUUCAUUGGGUCUUUGGCGUGCCUUGUUCGACGGUAUCUCUCACCUAUAGAGGGUUCUAUCGUGCCUUGUCUAUUGGCGUGUUAAAGUUCGACGGAAUUCUGAGGGUAAGUUGACUUAACUUAUGUUGCAAAUUAUGUGAAUUUCUGUAAUCUGUCCGAUGUUUUUAACUCGUGAAGUUCUUUGAAGAACCUCAUUUUUCAA